AAAAUCCGACAGAUGGCAGCGCGGAGUCCGCCCACGAUCUCAGACAUGCUGCCGCGUGGACGGUCCUCAGGAUAUCAGCGUGGAUGAAGAGCUGAUUUAAAAAUAAAAAUGAACGAAGAGCUGCGGAUUUUAUAAAAGAUAUAUUUUUUUAAAAAAGUCGAUAAAAGUGGAGCUAUUUCACGGAGAAAACACGGAGCCGGUCAUGCAGCACUACGGGGUGAACGGCUACUCUCUGCACGCCAUGAACUCCCUGAGCGCCAUGUACAACCUCCACCAGCAGGCGGCGCAGCAGGCGCAGCACGCGCCCGACUACAGGCCAUCCGUGCACGCGCUCACGCUUGCAGAGAGACUGGCUGGUAAGAAUCAGUUGCCCAUUUUUGCUGUGAAAUUCGUCAGCUUUCACGGGGGAAGGGGAGGGGGUUCUACUGCCCUUUUUGACGUGUCCCCUCAAUUAAACUGCUCCUGUUUCUUCUUUCUCAACGGCUGCACAUUUCAAGACAUCAUUCUUGAGGCCCGGUAUGGAUCUCAGCACCGAAAGCAGCGGCGCAGCAGAACGGCCUUCACCGCUCAGCAGCUGGAGGCUCUGGAGAAAACCUUCCAGAAGACCCACUACCCCGAUGUGGUGAUGCGAGAGCGCCUGGCCAUGUGCACCAACCUGCCCGAGGCACGCGUGCAGGUGUGGUUUAAGAACCGCCGGGCUAAGUUUCGUAAGAAGCAGCGCAGUCUGCAGAAGGAGCAGAUCCAGAAACAGAAGGAGGCGCCUGGAACGACAGAGGCCUCCCCAGAAGAUGCCAAGUCUGAUCUCACCACCACCAACAUCUCCACCCUGGUUCCCGCCACCCGAUCUACCCCUCCUCCUCCCUCCUCCUCCUCUUGUCACUCAGAGACUGAGAGACUGGCAGCUGAGCGGCCCCAGGCGGGCGAGAUGAGCAUAGAGGUAAACGUCACCUCCCCUGAGCCGUCGGACAGCGAGUCAGCAGCAGAAGAUAAUGCUGACAGAGAGGAGGAUGACAUGAGGGGGGAGAUGAGGGUGAAUAUCACGGAGGAGACACACGAAGAGGGGGGGGAGCAGCUUGGGAGAAGCUCCCCAUCCUGCAAGCGGCUAAGCCCCACAUCAGACUCUCCUUUGAGCUCCCCCAUAUUACCGCCCUCCAGCAGCGUGACCAGCAGUCUGGGCCAUAGCAACUCCUACGCCUCGUCUCCACUAAGCCUGUUCCGGUUGCAGGAGCAGUUCCGGCAGCACAUGGCCGCCACCAACAACUUGGUGCAUUACCCGUCCUUUGACAUGAGCUCCCCGUCCUCUCUGCCCUACCUGGGCAUGAACGUCAACGUGCCGUCACCGCUGGGCUCGCUGCCCUGUCAGUCCUACUACCAGACCCUGACCCAGGCUCAGCAAGUGUGGAACAGCCCGCUACUGCAGGCGGCGCCGGGUGGCCUGCCGGGGAGCCUCAACAGCAAGACGACCAGCAUCGAGAACCUUCGACUGAGGGCCAAGCAACACGCAGCCUCCUUGGGACUGGACACCCUCCCCAACUGAAUUAUGGGCCGUGUACACAUUCAGUGAACCUGGGCCUCC